AUGGGGGCCCACAGAGCGCUGUGCUCCAGCAGGGCGGGCACGCUGCCCCGGCCGAGGGACCCCGGCCGGGCCGCGCCGCCCGCAGCCUCCCCGGGCCCAGAGCCGCCCGCCACUGCCGCGCGCCCAUUGGCGGCCGGGGGGCGCUGUAAAGCGGCCGGCGAUUGGCAGCGGCGAGGGCCGCGCUGUAAGGCGGCUGGAGAUUGGCGGGCGGGCGGGCCCAUGAGGGCGCUGCCCGGCUUUGUACACGCGCGGCCCUUUAACAAUGGGCGCGGCGCGCGGCGCCGCGUGAUGGCGGCGGAGCCCCGGGGCCGCCGCGCCGCGCUCGGGUGUCCCGGGCUGCGCCCCGCCGCCUCCCCCGCGGCCGCCGCCACCUCCGCGCCCCCCUCACCCGGCCGUACCCCGCGGCGGGAGGGGGCGGCUUAA